AUGGAUUCCGCUCCGAGCAAGAAGACGCGGAAGCUAAGAUUUGAGAAUUUUCCGAGCUCCCAGUCUUGGUAUCUCCUCACAUUCAUCCAGGUUCUGUUCAUAUUCCAGCUGUCCUGCGCAGACAAGGCCUCCGCAGCUCCCCUUCCGCAUUUCCCCGUCGGGCGACGAGCGCUUAUGGCGGAAAGCGAAUCCUCUGCGGUGGCGAGGCGUCUCGCGGCAACAGCCCCGUUCCCACCCCCCGCGCGAGCUCCGCCCCCGCCAAGUCCCACCGUGACGUCACCCACUCCUACCGUGACAUCAAGGUCCAUGUCACCAAGCCCCCCGCCGGCAACGAGCCCACCAAAAUUGCCGGUCCCGGCCAUGGCACCAGCUCCGAGCUCCAGCCCAACUACACCCCCGUUGGCUAAGCCGGUGUCAAACCUACCCGCGCCGGCAUUGGCACCAGCGCCGAGCUCCACCCCAUCUCCGACUCCGACCGCCUCGUUAGUGUCAUCCGCACAAGGGGUCCUCCCAAACUUAUUCUCACUGUCAAGGAAAAAGGAGUCGGGGCCAGCCCCCGGGGACUUGGCGUGCGUGUCGCAGGGCGUGAAAAGUCUGUGUCCGUUUGUGGAUCCGCUGCCGCGCCCCGCGACGGUUGCGGCGCAAGGGUCUAUCAAAAUUGGGAUCUAUGAGAUUACGCAGCAAAUGCACCGCGACCUCCCAGAGACCCCCCUGUUCGCAUACGGCCUUUCCCAGGCCGCCGCCACUGUGCCGGGCCCGACUCUUGAAGCCAAAUGGGGCUCCCCGGUUCAGAUCACGUGGGAGAACCAGAUCGGGGCGGCCAAGCACCCCCUCCCCGUAGACGACACGAUCAUGCGCGCCAAACCCGUUUCGGGGGUACCGACCGUGGUGCAUUUGCACGGGGGGGAAGUGUCGUCUUUGUACGACGGGCAUCCUGAUGCGUGGUUCACGAAAGGGGGGGAGAAGGGGGCGGCAUAUACCACCAACGUGUAUACGUAUGGGAACCGGCAGGAUCCGGCGACGCUUUGGUACCACGACCAUACUUUGGGCUUCACCCGCCUCAACGUGCAAAUGGGCUUGGCCGGAUUCUAUAUCCUGCGUAACCCAUCCGUUGAUAACCAGUUCAAGCUGCCCCGCCGCGGGUUCGAGAUUCCGCUCGUCAUCAAGGACUUCUCGUUCCGUUCCGACGGAAGCGUGGACUACCCGGGCGGCGGAAGCGGAAGCCACCCCGUGUGGGAGCCGGAGUUUUUCGGGGACGCGAUCACUGUCAACGGAAUCGCGUGGCCUUACCUGGAGGUGCUACCCCGCAAGUACCGCUUCCGCCUCCUCAACGCGUGCAACGCGCGCUUUCUUGACGUCGGCUUCAGCGCCCCUGACGUCACCUUCAAGCAGAUCGGCACCGACGGGGGCUACCUCAGCGCGCCGGUGGUGCGCGCGCGCAUCCUGAUUGCGCCCGGGGAGCGCGCUGACGUCAUCGUGGACUUCAGGGGCCAGGCGCCGGGCACAGAGAUCGUGCUCACGAACCGCGCGGCCGCGCCGUUCCCCGACGGCGACGCGCCCGGGGAUAACGGCCAGUUCGGUGGAACGGCAGAGCUCAUGAAGUUCAUCGUGCGGAAGAAGGUCGCCAAGAGCGAGCGGCCGCGCAAAGGCCUUUUCGCGCUCACCAAAUUCGAGCCCGCGGCCGACGCGGCCGCGCCGGAAGACGCCGCGUCGGACGACGCGCAAGUCCCAGGGUUUAUGCAAACCCUCCCUAACCUCAGGGGUUUGGCCCCGGUUGUCGUCGAGCGCUGGCUGACGCUCAGUGAGAGCGAAGUGAACGGAGGCCCGGAUGCGGUGCGGCUGGGGAUUCUCGACGGAGAGAAAAACGUUCCCAUGGGGUGGAUGGACCGCGUCACAGAGACCCCCCGGAACGGGGCCACCGAGCUGUGGCACGUCAUCAAUUUCAGCGGUGACGCACACCCCAUCCACGUGCACCUGGUCAAGUUUCGCCUGGUCAGCCGGUACGCCUUUGACGACGAGCGGUACGGUACCGGGCAGUGCAAGUUCAACACCGCAGACGCGACGUCAUCGUGCGUACAGACCGGUACGCCCCUUCCCAUCGACGAUAACGAGGCCGGUUGGAAGGACACCGUGCGCAUGUACCCGGGGCACGUGACCACGAUCGUGCUUCGCUUCACGAGUCAGAGCGGCGCGGGUUUCGGGUUUGACCCGACCAAGGGACCGGGUUACGUGUGGCACUGCCACAUCCUGUGA